UCUGCACACAGUCCUUUACAUAUCAUGUUUUGUGUCGGUGUUUGUGAGAUGUACAGUUGAGUUAUUUCUAGUGAAAAAGGAUGCGGAAUUUAAUUGCACAUUUUUAAUCGUCCUUUGAAGAAUUAAAUUCAGAAUAGCUUUCUGCCAAACCAAAUACAAUUUUACAACAUUAGGUUGAUUCGCUCAGGAUCAUAUAGCGACUUUUUCCAAUAAGUAAAUAUCGCCACACGUAACUCAGUUUUCCACUUUUUGCCCGUACUAGAAAUUGAUAGAACACUAUCUGUGGAGUAAAGAUUAACCUUGUAAUGAGAUAAAAUGAUAUCUUUGGUGAACAUCGGUGGUAGUGGUUGCCGAAAUUUCAUUAACAGUGGCAAAUGAACAAAAAAUGAAAAUUAACAAAUUUGCCAUCUGCGCGUAGUAGAGGUCUGCUUGAAGCAAUAUUGUGAUUACGUCUGCCUAUAAAAUAUGAUGGAAGAUCCAUUUUUCGUAGUGAAAGAUGAAGUAUUCAAGGCACUGAACAAAACACGUGGAUUGUAUCUUCGGUGGCGAGAACUAAACGAUGUACACUCCGGUGGUACAACAGCAGAAGCUGAAUGGACCACAACUGAACUGAAAAACUCUUUACGCAGCAUCGAAUGGGAUCUAGAAGACCUCGAGGACACUAUAAGCAUUGUAGAAAAAAAUCCUAGUAAAUUUAAAAUCGACAACAAGGAACUAUCCAGCCGACGUCAGUUCAUUGAUGCUACGCGCGAUGAGGUCAAGUCUAUGAAAGAUCGCAUGAGCAUUAAUCGUAACAGUGAUCGAGACAUAACUGCUAGGCAGCCACUACUAGACAACAGCGAACACGGAUCUUCGCAAAACCAAGCAAGCAAAAACUUCAUCAACAACAACUGUAUAAUCGGUAGCAGCAAUAACAGCGGCACGCACUCUAGUUGCAAUUUGAACAACAACAAUCUCAAUCUAGCAGGCACUGGCAAGCAUCUGAUUAGCUCAGCAGGAGCAGCCAUGGCCGCCUCACGACACAGUGGUGCCAAGUAUUCUAAGCUGGAGAAUAACAUGGACGAUAGUCCCACUCAUUACGCACCCUCGUCUUCUUCGGUGCUGGACGGUGGAUCGAAUCGAUUCGUGGAGGAUACGCUUGUGACUCAGCAGCGAAUACUGACAACGCAGGAUGAACAGUUGGACGUGAUCAGUGAUUCGAUUGGCACCCUGAAAACGGUUUCACGUCAAAUCGGCAUCGAAUUAGAUGAACAGGCAGUAAUGCUUGAUGAAUUUGGAAACGAAAUGGAACAAACCGAAUCGAAGUUGGAUUCAACGAUGAAGAAAGUAGCCAAAGUACUGCAUAUGACUAACGACCGACGACAGUGGAUGGCAAUCCUGGUACUGUCUAUUGCUCUGGUAGUAGUGAUACUAUUUUACAUCAUACUUUAAAUUAGCUCAAUUUAAACCAGCAAUAGACUUGGUGUACAGUUUUGAAUGUUCUACGUUCGGAUUGAUCAUGAAAAAAGACCUAUUAGAGCAGGACAUUACGAUGACUGCAUGGUUGACAAGCGGUUCUGGAAAUAUUAGGAAGCAAAGACUGACUCACGAUUGAAAUAAAACCUUUUGCUACGUGAAUUAAUAACAGUUUGCGUUAAUCCUUUGCUUGGGAGGUUGCAGUUAACACAAAAUCAGUUCUACGUUAAACACGACGGAAAAAGCAUUGAACUUGCGCAAAGUGCUGUGAACAUAAAACGAAAUAGUACGGGCCAUCAUAAACAGUUAGGUUUAACAAAAGAUUCCAAAGGAUAUCAGUCAGCGAAACAUGUAUAAUGCGUGAAAUUAGUAUUUAUUUAGUAACUGUAAACAGUAGUAAUAAUCAAACCAAAUUAAAAAAAAUCCUAUGUGUAAAUAUACAGUAUAUUUUUUCAGGUCUCAUAUAAAUUGUGAUUAACGAGACUACCUGUUUAAGCUAAGACACGAAAUAAUAAAUAUGAAAGAUUUAUUGUGAAUUAUCCACAAUUAAUUUAAGAAUUUAUCUAAAGAAUUUGAUGUAGUAAACUGUAAUUUGGUUUGUUAUAGACAAACUAAGGCAAAACUCGAUUGAUUAUUCCACGUUUUUAUUAAAUGCUCGACAUUGUCACGGGUUGACACCUAGCAUGUGUUAGAAAAACCUAGCUUACCUAUGUAAGAAACAAGGCCGGAUACCAUUUCAGAGAUUUAUGUUUUCGUACUAUUCUAGUUAAACUUAUUUGUCAUAUAUAAAACACAUAGAACAUUUAUUUGUUCUGUUCAUGUUUAUGACCAUACCUAAUAACCUUCCAGUAAACUGACCUUCUACGCAUAAUUGCCCAUAUGGUGUGGGAUUUCCGAUGUAUACGGGACAGUUAGAUUUGGAACGGCAGUAAAGCUCUUAGCACUCCGAUGUUCUUAAGAUGUAAGCUACUUCCACCUUUUUCCAGAAAACCUUGUACGGCAAUCCAUUUGACAUUUCAAUAUCAAGCGAUAAAUUACCAUGUUCAACCUAAGUUAGUCUAAGAAACUCAAUACAAGAAUAGACCAACUAUCAAAAAAACAGAAUAGUGAGCCUUUUACGUAGUAUUGCAAUUUUUAAUGGGGUCAACUACAUCACACUGAAUUGUGUUGGAUAAAAGCAGUCAAAAAAUCGCAUCUGUGUUAAAAACAAAGUUACAAACAGACAUUGCGCGGAACGAUAGAUAUAUGACUCGUAUAGUUUGUUAUUCUAUUUUCUUUAGUGUCUACUAUACUCUGCUACUUACGUAUGUAUUUUGGUUAAUGUUAUAAUUUAAAACAAGUUUUUCGUAGUUGGACCUUUCUUAUACUGAAUGUUUCCUAUUAUCAUAGAAUAUAUCCAGAAUAUUUCAAACUAAUUCGCAAUUAAUAUACUUUAUUUAAAUUUCGAAAUGCAAAACAGAAAAAAAAACACUGAAGCGCAUUCCAACUAGAGGAAAGUAAAGCCGAAACUACAAGAGAAAGGCAAAAAUGGCUGAAAGGAACAUACGGAUAAACUUUAUACGAACAUGAUAAGUAUCAUUAAGACAUAAAGUGAACCUAGUUCUUCAAAAGCAAAUCGCCUAUUGCACACUAGAAUUUUGUGCCCAAAUAAACAUGAGAACGUUCGGAACAGAAAAA